UUCGGACUGCCUCCCGUCUCAAACAGAACCCCCGCGACGCCCACGCCCGCCGCCAUGGACGUCGCCACCGCUCGCCGCCGGCUGCGCGCCUUCAAGCGCUGGAUGAGCAAGCACGGCGUCGUCUGCAGCGACGCGCUCUGCCUCGACGCCUCCGAGGCCGGCGGCGUAUACGUGCGCGCGCUCUCGGCGCUCCGCGAGGGCGACCUCGUUGCCACCAUCCCGCGCCGCGCGUGCCUGACGCCGCGCACGUCCGGCGCCGCGGCGGCCAUCGAGGCCGCGGAGCUCGGCGGCACCCUUGCUCUCGCCGUCGCCGUCAUGUACGAGCGCGCGCGGGGAGCUGAAUCGCCAUGGAACGCCUACCUCCGACUGAUUCCGGACUGCGAGCCUGUGCCUCUCGUCUGGCCGGACGAGGAGGCCGAGCGCCUCCUCUCUGGCACCGAGCUCGAUAAGAUAGUGAAGCAAGACAGGGAAUUCCUUUGUGAGGAUUGGAAAGAAUGUAUCGAACCGCUCAUUUCGUCAGGAGAUCUGGGGGUAAACCCAGAAGAUUUUAGCUUGGAGAAAUAUUUUGCUGCCAAGAGUCUUCUUUCAUCAAGGUCCUUCCAUAUAGAUAGUUAUCAUGGAUCUGGAAUGGUUCCCCUUGCUGACUUGUUUAAUCACAAGACUGAUGGUGAACAUGUCCACUUCACUAAAGUGUCAGACGCUUCAGACUCGGAUGAGGGAGAAGAUGACGAUGAUCAAAGCAAUGCUGGCUCAGAUGAAGAACAAAAUGACGAGGGAACAGAUGAUCGAAGCAAUACAGACUCAGAUGAAGAAGAAAAUGAUGAUGACCAAAGCAAUGCAGACUCGGAUGAAGAUCUUGACAGAGAUGAAAACAAUGCUUCUGCAGAUGAACAGUCAACUGUAGAAAAUUCUGCCACUAACCCUUCAGGAUAUAAUGAUGAAGAUUUGGAAAUGAUUAUUGUGAGAGAUGCCAAUGCAGGGGAGGAGGUUUAUAAUACGUAUGGUACCAUGGGAAAUGCUGCUUUGCUUCAUCGAUAUGGUUUCACAGAGCUUGACAACCCAUAUGACAUUGUCAACAUCGACUUAACACUGGUUACUAAGUGGUGCUCGUCCAAGUACUCCCGUCGAUAUGCAAGAGCAAGGGUAUCACUAUGGCGUAAUCUGGGCUAUUCAGGCUGCACCAGCCAAGAUUCUGAGUACUUUGAGAUUUCAUUUGAUGGAGAGCCCCAGCUUGAACUUCUAAUCCUUCUUUAUAUCAUCUCCUUGAAACCUGAUGCUUAUGACAAGUUGGCCUCUGUGGCUCAUGAUCUGAUUGGUGACGAUGAGCUGGAUGAUGAGCAGUCUAUUAUAAGCAGUUUUGUUAAGGUUGUCAGAGUAACUAGCCCCACCAAAAAAUCAAAACUUAAAGGGGGUGAGAAAAUACCUUUUGUGAAGAAGCUACUGCAUAGUGAGAGCAUUUGUUCUGCACUUGCAUCCCUUGCUGACAUGAGGGAGCGCCUCUAUGGUUCGAACACUUUGAAAAGUGAGAAGGAAAAGCUGCAAAUGUGCUCUCCUGUCAGCCAAAGGAACCUUUAUCAUUCUCUGGUGCUACGGGUGAGUGAGAGGAAGAUACUUCGCAGAUUGAGGAAACUUGCCUCUAGUUGGUCAAAGACCAAGAAGAGGAAACGUAUCUAGUAUUUGAAUUAUGCUAUCACCAAGCAGUUGUAUUUUUUGCGUUUCAAGGGUAAUUUUUGCCUUGGUACAUUAUGAAAUGCUAGGAUCGUCGGCUGGCUUGACGUCCAGCAUUUGUCAUUCUUCCUGUAAUGUUGUGACGUAUAAUCCAUUUUAUAUUUGGCCCCUUCUAAAGUUGACAUCA